AGGUCAAAGGUUGCAGGUCACUCACCACAGCAGGACGCCAUCAUCAGAGCGAGCCAGACGGAGAGGAACACGUUCAUCCUGGACGAGAGACACACAGUGACUGAGAGGGGAGAGAGGGAAAGCAGUGGCUUCUGCAAGCCAAUAAAAUCACGAUGGGAAACAGCUCCAUCCAUCCGUCUUCACCUGUUGGGGUCGGGUCACGGUGGCAGCAGGCUCAGCGGGGACUUCCAGCGUCCCUCUUCUUCGCAGCGUUUUCCUGCUCCUCCUGGACAUCCUGAGGCAUUCCCAGGUCCCAGACCAGAUGGGAUGUGUAAUCCUUCAAGCAAGUUCUGGCUGUAGCUCGGGGCCUCCUCCAAUGGGAGGCGCCCAGCGGGCAUCCUGCUCAGAGGGCCUCACCACCUCAGCUGGCUCCUGUAAGCGUGGGACUGGAGGCCAUCUAGGAGCUGAUUGGUGGAAAGCUUUUAUAGAAACUAUUUUUUGGAGACAUUUAGAUUUUAUUUGUCUGAACUUGUGGCAAGAAAAGUUUUCUGUUAACAGAGUAAAUAUUGUUAUUUGGGGGAGACCUUUAAAAGCCAGAGAUUCUGAGGCUCACCUCUCCAAGUGAGACGCAGUUCAUCUUCAGUGAGUCCAACAGUGUUUUCAAGCUUUAUAUCUGUAAAAGAAGCUGGAUGCUCACUGACAUGCAGGACUGACAGUGUCUGGUCUGUGCUGCAGUGAGGUCACACGGCGCCCCCUGCUGCCCACGGUGCCCCCUGCUGCCCACAUGACCUGUGGAUCCUCCCAAACACGUCGACAUGUUUCGGAACAGUGGAUUUUCAGUCUGCUUCCUCAUUCUUGGAUUGUGUCCUGCUGGUCGUCUGCUGAAAGGCAUCAUGGGAAAUACAGCUAAUGUACAACCUGAAGUGAACAAAGCAGGAUGAGUGUGUGUGUGUGUGUGUGUGUGUCAGAUCAGUUUAAUGUUUAGAGACAAUAAGGAAGUGAACUCUGAUCUCAGGUGUUGUUGUACCGGCUGAGGCAGAAGCUGAAACAUUGGCUGGAGAACACGACUGAAGAACCUGCUGUGGUUCUACUGAACAGAACGAGACCUGCUAAACAUGAAGCUGGAGGUGACGAUUCAGCUGCUCAGGUUCUGCUCUCAGGUGUUUAACUGCAUCUUCCUGGUUCUGGGUCUGAGCAUUGCUGGCAGUGGAGUCUGGAUCCUGUUUGGCAGAGGAAACCUCCUGACCAUCCUGUCCUCAGACGAGCUGCGUACAGUGGGGGCGGGGCUGUUGCUGAUUGGUGGAGUUGUGCUGCUGGUCAGUGUCAUUGGAUGUGCAGGAGCCCACAGAGAGAACAGAUUCCUGCUGCUGGUGUACCUCAGCUUCCUUGUCGUCCUGGUCCUGGGUCAACUCUUCGUCACAAUGCUGCUGCUCAUAAACAGAGACAAGAUUGAACGGAGUCUGGAUCAAACUGUAGAUCAGAUCAUCCUUCAGUAUGGAGAAAGAGCUCAGGACAGACUGGUGGACGAGUUACAGGAACAUGGGCUCUGCUGUGGCAGGAUGGGCCCUGCUGAUUGGCUGAAGAACUCUUACAUCCAGAGUCUGAACUUGACCAUGCCACACGUACUUCCUUGUUCCUGCUUCAACUCGUCUCGCCGCAGCUUUAACUCGUCCUGGUGCUCCGAGCAGCUGAACGUCACUGAUCCACAUUAUGGACGAGGAAACAGCUCAUAUGAGCAGGGCUGCAAAAAACAGCUCAGUGAUUGGCUGCAGGAAAAUGCUCUGACAAUCAUCAGCAUGGAUGUCGGCCUCGUGUUGAUCCAGGUGCUUCAGUUUGUCGUCAUGGUCUACCUGUACCGUGCGUUCGGCAGAAAAGCGGCUUUGAAAAGAACCGGUUCACUGGCCGACUCUGACCACGCCCACCUGGACCACACACACCAGGACCGCACUCCUGAAGAUGACCUGGACUAUGCAGUGCAGAACUACGGCUACGUAGAUCCCGAUGAGGCCCGUUUAGACUCCGCCCACCCAGCGUAUUACCUGGGGCCAGCUGAGGGCCGUCAGUCGGUUCCAAACAGAGCGGGGUUCUAAACACUCAUUUUGGACUACAAAAUCUGCAGCUGCAGAAGAAAAGUAUUUAGUGUUUAUCUGUGAACUUUUCAGAAUGAAAAAGCUCAGAUACUGAAAACUACGACAUGGAAACGCAGAGCAGAGAGAUAAGAAAAAUAAGACAAUAAGAUGAUGUUUGUGUGGACUCUGAUCAGGUAACUGAUAAACAGGAAGUCACGUGGUUCUGGCAGUCCACCUGAAGGACGGGUCAUAAAAACACAUCGGAUCAGUUUGAACACACAUUUACUUUUAGUGAUUCAAAAAAGAUCCAUUUGUUGAUUUUUUGUUUGUUUGUUUGUUUUUUUGUGCAUUAAACGUUUAGGUAUUAAUACAUACAAACUUUUCUCAUACAAAGAAAAAGAAAUUUCUGCAGCAACUCGAGGCUGUUAGCAUUAUGUACCAUUUCCUUUGCUUUAUUCAUUAUCGGUACAAUAAAUACACUUGGCUCUGA